AUGCGGAAAGGAGAAAGCGAUGGGGUGCUGGGGGAAAGAUAUGGGGUAAGUGUGUUCUGUGGGGGGGGGCCGCAAAACUUUUGAUGUGUUGGGGGUGUGCGUCCGGGGUUGUGUGGUGGGUGUUGGUUUGGGGUGUGUGGUUUUCUUAGCGUGUGAGGGCGAGAGCUGUCACACAGUGUGUGUUUACUAUGGCCCAGUCAUUGGGUCUGACUGAGAGGUUUAGCUAUAUCCACUUGCCUGCCUAUAAUCUUACUCUGAAGACGUGUCCCAAAAGGCACCCUAUCGGCCCUGGUCCAAAGUAGUGCGCUAUAUAGGGAAUAGGGUGCCAUUUGGGACACAUGGUAAGACCGCUGGCAGAUCCAUCCAUCCCUAGGCCUGAGGUUGGUAGGUAGCAUCUCAGUGAAAUAGAUCUGAAGAGUUUAAUAACUUAGAUAUACAUCUAUAUAGCUACUGAUUUAACUUUUUACAACUUCACUCAUUGUCUCUUUAUGUUAUGUUCGUCACUCUCAAAGCUGUCAUCAGAAUACUCUUGGGCCAAGCAAGCACUCCUUGAGUUACGUUCUACCACUACUGACCAAAUUAACACUUAAUUUAUUUAAUAUGUGAAACUUUUUCUUUCAUUGUGUUUCCUCUGUCACUCUCUCUCUCACUCUCACUCUCUCUCUCUCUCUCUCUCACUCUCACUCUCUCUCUCUCUCUCUCUCUCUCUCUCUCUGUAGUUGCCGUCGGAGACAGCGUCGUUAGAUACAGAGUUUCCCAUGGCGACAGUGGAGCUCCUCCCCCGGCUGUGUCACAUGGUGAAGGGGGAGCAGGGAUACGGGUUCAACCUGCACAGUGACAAGACGCGGCGAGGACAGUUCAUACGCAGCGUGGACCCCGGGUCCCCCGCCCAACACGCAGACCUCAGACCUGGGGACAGGCUGGUGGAGGUAGGGUCAGAGAGAGAGAGAGAGAGAGAGGGAAGAGAGAGAGAGAGAGAGAGAGAGAGAGAGAGACGAGGAGAGAGAGAGAGAGAGAGAGAGAGAGAGAGAGGAGAGAGAGAGGAGAGAGAGGAGAGAGAGAGAGAGAGAGAGAGAGAGAGAGAGAGAGAGAGAGAGAGAGAGAGAGAGAGAGAGAGAGAGAGAGAGAAAGAGAGAGAGAGAGAGAGACAGUCAGUCAUCCUUUGACCUUUGACAUGUGUGCUGGUGAGCGUGACAGUCUGUGUGUUCGUGUGUGUGUGUUACCUCAGAUACACACACACGGAUGAGAUUAGCUUAAAUAAGAGCUGAUUACAUGGACCUUGGCAGGUUAGCCUGUAGGGUUAGUGUGGGAGGGAGAGAUGGAGGGAGGGAUGGAGGUAGGAGGAAGAAUGGAAGAAGAGUGGGGGUGCAUUUGCGUGUGUGUGUGAGAUUCAGGACACAGUAGGAGUGUGUAGGAUGAGAGAGAGAGAUAUGCAAAAUAAAAGUUGCCACGGAGCUUAACAAAUCAGAUCACAGAUCACUGACUUCUCUCUCUCUCUUACAUCCCAGUCACAGGGGCUGGAGUCAUGAGCCACCUGCUGGACAGAUUGUGUAACUGCAGCUUUGUUAUUAAAGAGGAGCUGUCGCUAAUCAUAUACACUACCGGUCAAAAGUUUUAGAACACCUACUCAUUCAAGGGUUUUCUUUAUUUUUACUAUUUUCUACAUCAAAACUAUGAAAUAACACAUAUGGAAUCAUGUAGUAACCAAAAAAGUGUUAUAUAUUUUAUAUUUGAGAUUCUUCAAAUAGCCACCCUUUGCCUUGAUGACAGCUUUGCACACUCUUGGCAUUCUCUCAACCAACUUCACCUGGAAUGCUUUUCCAACAGUCUUGAAGGCGUAAAAUAGCCCUUACACAGCCUGGAGGUGUGUUGGGUCAUUGUCCUGUUGAAAAACAAAACAAAUGAUAGUCCCACUAAGCCCAAACCAGAUGGGAUGGCAUAUCGUUGCAGAAUGCUGUGGUAGCCAUGCUGGUUAAGUGUGCCUUGAAUUCUAAAUAAAUCACAGACAGUGUCACCAGCAAAGCACCCCCACACCAUACACCUCCUCCUCCAUGCUUUACGGUGGGAAAUACACACGCGGAGAUCAUCCGUUCACCCACCGCGUCUCACAAAGUCCAAUUUGGACUCCAAACCAAAGGACAGAUUUCCACCUGUCUAAUGUCCAUUGCUCGUGUUUCUUGGCCCAAGCAAGAAUCUUAUUCGUAUUGGUGUCCUUUAGUAGUGGUAUCUUCUCAGCAAUUCGACCAUGAAGGCCUGAUUCACACAGUCUCCUCUGAACAGUUGAUGUUGAGAUGUUUCUGUUACUUGAACUCUGUGAAGCAUUUAUUUGGGCUGCAAUUUCUGAGACUGGUAACUCUAAAUGAACAUAUCCUCUGCAGCAGAGGUAACUCUGGUUCUUCCAUUCCUGUGGCGGUCCUCAUGAGAGCCAGUUUCAUCAUAGCGAUUGAUGGUUUUUGCGACUGCACUUGACGAAACCUUCAAAGUUAUUCACAUUUCCGUAUUCAUGUCUUAAAGUAAUGAUGGACUGUCGUCUCUCUUUGCUUAUUUGAGCUGUUCUUGCCAUAAUAUGGACUUGGUCUUUUACCAAAUAGGGCUAUCUUCUGUAUAACCCCCCAAGCUUGUCACAACACAACUGAUUGGCUCAAACGCAUUAAGAAGGAAAGAAAUUCGACAAAUUAACUUUUAAGAAGGCACACCUGUUAAUUGAAAUGCAUUCCAGGUGAGUACCUCAUGAAGCUGGUUGAGAGAAUGCCAAGAGUGUGCAAAGCUGUCAUCAAGGCAAAGGGUGGCUAUUAUAAAAUAUAUUUUGAUUUGUUUUAACACUUUUGUGGUUACUACAUGAUUCCAUAUGUGUUAUUUCAUAGUUUUGAUGUCUUCACUAUUAUUCUACAAUGUAGAAAAUAGUAAAAAAUAAAGAAAAACCCUUGAAUGAGUAGGUGUUCUAAAACUUUUGACCGGUAGUGUACAUAUAUUGCAAUACAGCAAGUAUUUUCAAAUCCAGUUUAAAAUCAGUCGUAGCUUUAUAAAUCUGAGAUUAGGGAUACCUGACAGAGAUUCAUGCAGUUCAGGUAAGAACAAGUUAAGAACAAAUUGUUAUUUCCAAUGACUACCUGUAAAACUACUCCUCUCCUCCCCAGGUAAAUGGAGGCAAAUGGUUGAUGCAACUAUAUAAACUCUAUCCGCAUUUUAAAUGUAGCUAAUAACAUUCAUCCAUCCAUUUCAUUCAUUUGUUUAUUCAUCCACUCAUUAAUUCAUUUAUCCUCGUCUGCUCUCCCCCAGGUGAAUGGAGUGAACAUCGAGGCGUUGAGACACUCUGAGGUGGUGUCGUUUAUACGUGGCGGGGGAGACGAGACACGCCUCCUGGUGGUCGACGCGGAAACAGACGAGCUGUUCAAGAGGCUUGGGGUCACGCUCACCAGCACACAUGUCAAAGGUCAAAGGAUGACUGUCUCUCUCUCUCUCUCUCUCUCUGUAUCUCUCUCUCUCUCUCUCUCUCUCUCUCUCUGUAUAUCUCUGUAUCUCUCUCUCUCUAUCUCUCACUCUCUCUCUCUCUCUGUAUAUCUCUCUCUCGCUCUCUCUCUCUCUGUAUAUCUCUCUAUCUCUCUCUCUAUAUAUAUCUCUCUCUGUAUCUCUCUCUCUGUGUGUAUCUCUCUCUCUCUCUCUGUAUCUAUCUCUCUCUCUCUGUAUCUCUCUCUCUCUGUAUCUCUCUCUCUCUGUAUCUCUCUCUCUGUAUCUCUCUCUCUCUGUAUAUCUCUCUCUCUGUAUCUCUCUCUCUCUCUCUGUAUCUCUGUAUCUCUCUCUCUCUCUUUCUCUGUAUAUCUCUCUCUAUAUAUAUAUAUCUCUCUCUCUGUAUCUCUCUCUCUGUGUCUCUCUCUCUCUCUCUGUAUAUCUCUCUCUGUAUCUCUCUCUCUCUGUAUCUCUCUCUCUCUCUCUCUCUCUGUAUAUCUCUGUAUCUUUUUAAGGGCAGAAAUCCACACACGACUCAUAUUUGCAUCUAAACCAUUAAUGGCCACAAACAUAUUUACAUUUGAAGGAUUCAUCUGGAAGGAUUUAGUCAAGUUGCUCAUGUGGUUUGUUUCUGUGUUCCAGAGGUCUAUGUGGACGAGCCAAUGACAGACAGUGCCCCGCCCACCCCCUCUUCAACCACUGACCUCCCUCCAAUGGAUCCACCAAUCAUCAACGUCACCCUGAUGGGCUCACCAAUCACAAACAGCUCGCCCAAUUCACAGACCAAUGGGAGCUCAGCAUCCCAGUCCUCACGUGGCUCGACUACCCAAACAGAAUUCAGCAGCUCAGAUAUGAGCAUUCAGGUGUGUGUGUAGAUAAAUACUGUAGCUAGUUUAUGGUUUGUUGUACGUAAUAUGUAACAUGUAUGUAAUAUGUGCAGGCCUGCGUUCAAAUACUAUUUCAAAUAUCGCAGUUACUUUCACAUACAUUCAAACUAAGUAUUCAGAUAUAUUUUAUUUGAAAAGACAAGUAGUUUAAUAUUUUGUAUGUAUUUUGGAAAUACACUUGGAAAGUAUUUGAAAAUACUCAAAUACACUGUCUCAAAUACACUCCCAUGCAUUUAACUCAGGUAUUUGAAAAUACUCUCAAAUACAAUUUGGUAGACUAUUUGGUUUUUAUAAAUAACCAUUAAAAUACUCAAAUAAAAUACUUGUUUUGGGCUGUGUAUUUUAAAACACUCAAAUUCACAGAAAAAAGUUUUUUAAAUACCAGAUACUCAAAUACACAUGUAUUUGAACCCAGGUCUGAAUACGUGUGUGUAUGCAUGCCUGCGUACGUGUAUCUCUCUAGGUCCCUGAGGAUUAUGAGCGGCGUGUUUCGGACCCGUUCCUGGACAGCGGACUGCAUCUGAGCCCCACGGCAGCCGAGGCCAAAGAGAGGGCCCAACACUCCAAGAAGAGAGCGCCCCCUAUGAACUGGAGCAAGAAACAGGAGAUCUUCAGCAACUUCUGA